AGUUUCCCGCCCCUUUCUGUUUCGCAUGUGGUGUUACGGUUAUCGUCACUUGUGUCUUUUUUCCUCUCUUGAGCAUAAAUAUCUUCUUUUUUUUUCUUCGCCCAACUUUCCUGCACUACACAUUACUACUUAUUCUUUUCUUCUUCACCUCCCACACAACUGGAGAAACGCACUGUAUAUCUGCAACUCAACUGCGGCGGAGCGAUAAACCCCUGGGUGGAUGACCGUUGUCAGCGUCGGGGCAGCGCCGCACGUAAUCAAGCACGCUUCGACUGCAUAAAUGUAAAGCAUCAGAUCGUAUUUCUCUCGCAUAUUAUUAUUAGCGUCCGUUUGUUCUUGGCAUCCUACCCCUCUUAUUCCUUCGCGGCCGUCACCUAGUGGUGGCUUUCCUCGUCCUUUUUUAUUUAGUUCUUUAUUCUGUCUUUUUGCAUGCCUCUUGUAGCCGAAUGAGUUCUUCUUCAAAUUCACUUUUGCAUGGCACAGUUACGUGGUUGUGUGCCUCCGCGUAUGAACAGAAAAGUGCAUUGGCGUCGGGGCAAGGGACGUCUUCUUUGCUCGCGUCGACCGCCGUCGGCUACAUCAUAGCCUCGCCUACGUUUCCGUUUGACGUGCUGACCGGCAGUGGCGCUUUUGCCAACACGACUGUUUUGGUGGUGGACGUGGACAGCGUGGUACGUGACUGCGUGCGCGUGAUGCGAUGGUGCGUCUCGCAGCUCUCCAGCGACGGCACGACGCGCCAAUCCCACGCGUACUGCGCUGAGUCUGCGGUUGUGUGGACCGCCCCGGCCUCGGUCCCUAGCCUCGAGCAGCUUUUCUGCUGCUUUUUGGAUAAGUUGAGGGACCUCGUCGAGAAGCACAAGAUGCAGGUGGAGCUGGUCCUCGGCAGCUGCGAAGACGCGUUGGCGGAGCUCUGCCACAUCACCUUAGCAGCACCUGUAGCGGGCGGGAGCACGGUCGCAGACCUUGUGGGGGUCCACUCGGCGGCGACGACGCUGCGAGAGGAGGCGGCGGCGGAUAGUCAGGGGCACGGCGACGCUCAACACAGCGCAUUUGCGGCGGCGCCCACUACAACGUCGACGUCGCUGGUCGAUGCGACCGCCAACCUGCAAGGCAUGGACACCGACGCGGAUCUGUCGAUCAGCGCGGUGGAGAAGUGCGCGGUAUGGUUGCAGGUUUAUCAGGUACUCGUGCUCUUCUUCCGAAACAGCGGCAGGAGCAAGAACGGCACGACGUCUCUCUACUGCACCGCAAAACCAGGCUGGACCGGGGCCGUGGCGCGCGUCAACCUCCUGCAUGACACUCCGCAGGCGCGGAAUCAGCAAAUGUUUCCACUGCUCUGGUCCAACGACCCGCGGGCGUUCUUUGCGGCUGCCGGCAUAGACGCCGUCGUGUCCACAUGGUUGUCGUUGUGUAGCCGCGAGGUGGAGCAGCUCUGUGGGCGAGCGCUGCCAGAAUUUUUGUGCCUGCCUCGUGAGGGUUUCCUUUUGCAAAAGGCGCUCAGCGCGGUGGCGGCAGCAAAUGCUUCGCAGCCCGGUGCUGAAAAGGAGUUGACGGGUCUCUUGCUGGUGCGCCACGGUCCGUCCACCGCCGGCCGGCUUGGACUGCGCUCCGCCGCGUACCUUCCCACCUUCUACGCGCUCCUUGCGUUGUAUGAUUCUCGUCUCGGCAAAAGCGCGACGUGGUGCGUCGACGAGAAGGCGCACCACGAGUCCUCCCCCGCGCAGGAGUCUUGCAGUAGCGUCGCACCUUACGGCAAAGCCAGCACCGCUGCACCGCCUGUUGACUUUCGAGUGUCGCGUGCGGCAGCGUUGGUGAAUCAGUUUUGCGGCGUGCUCCACUGCGAUCUCGUGGCACAGUGGAUGGUGGAGGCUGCUAGCUGGGAAGCGACCUCCGUGCCGACACACCUUGACAGCGGUGUAGCGUCGAUGGAGGCUCUCGAUCUCGCGACUUCGCUGUGGGCUGCGCAGAACGCGCUGGCGGAGGUGACGGCGCGGGAUGUCUCCGUGGAGCGACAUCUGUGGACGGCCUGGGUCGGUGACGAGUGGGUGCACCGCGGACCACCGCCCUCGACGUGUCCCGUGAAGUGCUCUGCUGUCCUCCCAGUAGCGAAAGCAGCGGUGCCACCGUCAGUUGGCUUAGAGUCGCAUCCGUUACCACUUUCGGUUUCGCGUCGGUGCCAACAGGCAGUGUACGAGCGCCUGUCACCACUGCGCGAGGUCCUGUUCAACGUCAUGGCUCGCCUAUUUGAAGGGGGCCCGGUCGGCAAGGACAGUGGCGGCGGCGAAUUGGGUUGGGAGAGGCGUGUCGAUGCCGCGCUAGGUCGCAAAGUGUAUGUUAGCGCGAUCCUGGCGGAGACGUUCGUUGGGAAAUCAGUCACCAACGACGCUGUGCAGCUGUGUCCUUCUUUCGCAGAAGGUGAAGCAGCGUCUGUGCGGCCAGCGGAGAUCAACCAGCGACACAGCGGCUCUGCACCGGAUAAUACGUUUUCUUCAGCUGCAUCGCCUUUCGCCGUGACCCCGUCGCCAGCCUACCCGUUAACGUUUCAGACCCGCGUCUCUUUGGACGAAGUUCGCGAACACGUGCGACCCGCGGCCCAACUCACUUUUGUGGCGCUUUCGUUGAUGUGGUGUGGGCGACUGUGGAGUGAGGAGGACUGCCUCCGCUUCUUCACUUUUUACCUUCAAUACGUGGACGCAGAGGCACGAGUGCGAGUGGGCGGCACGUCGCGCACGGCGACACGACGCAUUUCAGACGAUAAAAGCGGUCUUUGCGCAGACCAGGUCGGAAUUGCAGGUGCACGAACGUCGGCGAAUCCAGCGAGCAACUGCCCCAUCGGCGUGCGAGAGAGUGAAGUGGCGGCCUGGUGGCACGCAGUGUCCUGCGUCACCGUCUUGCAGUCUUUUAGUACCACUGUGGCACACACAGCCGAGAAAACGACGCUAGGCGAUACCGCAGAUGCGACGUUGGGCGACGCCGGCAGUGUGUUCACUGGUUGCCUCCCUAGUAGUUCUUACAGCGCCGCAGACAGAGUGUCGUUCCUGGGUUUCCUUGAGGAAAACGGCUGUCUGCUGCCACACAACGGAGCUGGCGACGCGUGCGCGAUGCCUUCCAGGGACGGCGGUGAGGUAGUUCCAUUGGGGCUCGGAUACAAAGGAGAUGGGGCUGCCUUCGCGGUGGUGACCGCCGAGGAACUUACGCACCUGCGGCACGCGCUUAAGUGCCCCUCUUCUCUGACGAAUGAGCUGGUCGUUGCGCACGGAAUUUGGGCUCGCCUUGGGGCAACUCUCUCGCAGCCGCAGCAAUGA